AUGCGUUUGGGAUCGACAGUGCCAAAUUUCAAAGCUGAGACCACAAAAGGUUCAAUUCAAUUCUACGAUUGGCAGGGAGGAUCUUGGGUUGUUUUGUUUUCUCAUCCCUCUGAUUUUACUCCAGUAUGCACCACUGAAUUGGGACGAAUUGCAGUGCACCAACCAGAGUUCGCCAAGCGAAAUGUUAAGUGCUUGGCACAUUCUGUAGAUGCACUCAAAUCCCAUGUUGACUGGGUAAACGAUAUUAAAUCCUAUUGUCUCGAUAUUCCCGGUGAAUUUCCAUACCCAAUCAUUGCUGAUCCCGAUCGUGACUUGGCAGUGAAUUUCGGAAUGUUGGAUGAAGAUCAAAAGAAGGAUCCCGAAAUAGGUAAAACCAUUCGUGCACUCUUCAUAAUCAGUCCUGAUCAUAAAGUGCGUUUGUCAAUGUUCUAUCCAAUGUCCACAGGACGUAAUGUCGAUGAGAUUCUUCGUGUCAUCGACUCAUUGCAAUUGACUGACAAACUGAAGGUUGUUGCUACUCCAGCUAAUUGGACCCCUGGUACUAAAGUGAUGAUUCUUCCUCAUGUCACUGACCAGGAAGCAGCCAAAUUAUUCCCCAAAGGAUUCGAUAAGGUUUCCAUGCCAUCUGGUGUUAAUUAUGUGAGAACCACUGAAAAUUAUUAAAACAGUGUUUAGUUGAGAUGUGCUCUGUGUACUGUACUGAUGAUGUUAAAUUUUUAUACACAGAAAUUGAAAAAAUAAAGUUGAUUUUCAUAAAAAGUUA